AUGCUUCUCUUCCACUCCUUCCUCGUAGCCCUCAUAGCUGUCGCCAACGCCUCGAGUGUGAGCAAGGCCCCACAACGCCCUCAGUUGCAAGCCACUCCGCUGCAGCCGUACAAAGCCUUCCCUGCCUCCCCUCCACGCACAAAGACUUGCUUCGUCAAGCCAGCCAAGAAAGGAGGAGACGAUGCCAAAAACAUCCUCGAAGCCUUCAGAAAAUGCAACAACGGCGGCACCAUCGUCCUGGACAAGGAGUACACUAUCUGCUCCCCGCUUGAUCUCCGCUUCCUGAAGCACGUAGAUGUGGCGCUGACCGGCACCGUCAAGUUCUGCGACGAUGUGACUCGCUGGCUGCCCCUCACAUUCCAGUUUCCGUUCCAAGAAGGCUCGUCGUGGUGGCUGUGGGGCGGCAAAGAUAUCAACCUGUACGGCCUUGGUGUGGGUACCAUCGAUGGCAACGGACAGGCAUGGUGGGAUGCUAAUGCCGCCAAUUCCACGGUGAAGCGGCCUUUGCUCUUUGUCACCGAUGGCUGGGAGGGUGGAUCGAUUACGGGCUUGAAGAUGCGACAGUCUCCAAACUGGCACAAUCUCAUCGCGAACAGCUCCGGCAUGCUGAUCAGCGAUAUCGACAUCUAUUCGCGAUCGACGUCGAACAACUUCGCUAAGAACCUGGACGGGUGGGACACAUACCGCAGCGACAAUCUCGUGAUCCAAAACAGCUACAUCGACCACGACGACGACUGUGUAUCCUUCAAGCCCAACAGCACCAACAUCAUCGUGCAAGGGCUGGUCUGCAACUCAUCGCACGGCAUCUCCGUAGGCUCGCUGGGCCAGUACCCCGGCGUCUUCGACGUCGUCGAGAACUUGUACAUCUUCAACAUCUCCAUGAGCAACGCGACCGACGGCGCGCGCCUGAAGGUGUGGCCCGGCGCCGACGUCGAGAAGCCCGUGGGCUGGGUCGGCGGCGGCGGUGCGGGACGAGUGCGCAACGUGACGUACGAGCGCUUCUUCAACGACAACAAUGACGGCGCGAUUAAGAUCGACCAGUGCUACGGCGCUGUCAGCGCGGCUGAGUGCGCCGCGGACCCGAGCCUGGUCAUCUUGACGGAUAUUGUGUUCAAGGACUUCUGGGGCACUACGAGCACGAAGCUGGAUCCGGUUGUGGGGUCGCUGAUCUGCAGUUCGGAGGAUUCUUGCAGCAAUAUUCGAGCCGUGAACGUGACGGUGCAGGCCCCGAGCGGGAAGAGUCCUCGAUGGUCGUGUCGCAACAUGGACAAGGCGCUGCUCGAUCUGAGCGGGGUCGGGUGCGUCGACGCAUGA